AUGUCUUUAAAACGUCUAGUUGCUGCCACUUUGUCUGUUGGUUCAGUUGGCUUGAUCGGAUCUAACUACUUUUCUCACACUAAAAACUCCAUGAUCCUUCCUACAACAACCAUUCAAGCUGAAACACCAAAGGUUGCUAAUAAUUCAAUGAUCAAUAAGAGAGUUGCAAUUAUUGGCAGUGGAAUUUCUGGUUCUGGCUCUGCCUACUUUCUCUCCGAAUUGGUUGAUGAGAUGAAUAGAAGAGAAAAUGAUUCCUCUUCUUCUUCACCAGAGCCAAAUUCCAAUUCUCAAGAAAUGAAGAGAGAAAUUGAAUUGGUGGUUUAUGAGAGGGAUGAUCGAGUUGGAGGUCGUUUGAAGGAAAUGGUCUUGUAUCAGGAUGAGAAGGAUCCAUACAAGUAUUCAUAUGAAGUGGGUGGAUCAUCUGUCAUUUUGGAAAACAAGUACAUUUUGGGCUUGAUUGAAAAGUUUAAUUUGACAUUGGAAGAACCUCAUUUUAAUGUCAGAAUUGGUAUAUUUAAUGGUGACGAAAAGAGAAUGGUAUUUUGUGAAUCUGACAGUUGGUGGAAGACUGCAAUUAGAGGAGCAUGGAGAUAUGAUUUUGGUAUUCCUCUCUUCUUAUUGAAGAGAAGUGUUAAUUACUACUUGUCAAAGGAGAGAUUUUUAAAUAUUUACAAACUCCAAGAAUUGCCAUCGACUGGUCCAUUAAAUGCAGAAACAUUGAGUAAGGUCUAUACAUGGGAAAGUACUGAAGAUUUUUGUCAAGAUACUGGAAUGAGUGAUUUGACCAAAUUGACUUUCUAUGAAUAUGCAAGAAAUAAUUGGAUUCAAGAACGUUUUAUCAAGGAAUAUUGUGAUCCAAUUUUGAGAAUCAAUUAUAUGCAAAACUCUGAUCAAAUCAGUGCCUAUGGAGGAAUUAUUGGAUUAGCUGGAGCAGUUUCUGAUUUUAGACAUGUUCUUGAAGGAACCUCAAAAGUUCCACUUGGUUGCAUUGAAUCAAUUCCAAAAGAUCGAUUGACCUUAAAGUUGAAUAGUGAAGUUUCUGAAAUUUCAUUCGAUCCAGCAUCAAACAAGUAUUCUCUCAAGAGUGGAAACAAUUCUGAACUCGGUCAAUUUGAUUAUGUAAUUGUUGCAACUCCACUCGAGUUUACAAAUAUCAAAUUUGAAAAUAUCAAACUUCCUCCAUCUGCCUUACAAAAACGUGAUAUGAAUAUUCUGAUUACUAGCAUUAUUCGUGCAAAGGACUUGAACAAGAAUUAUUUUGGAACUGAUUGCUCUGAAUCAGAUGUGUAUAUUACAACAAUGAAACCACUUUUGACCAAAUAUCUACCACUCAAUAAUAUUGCACCUAUUGGAAAGACACCUGAUGAAUCAGAAAGAAUAUUCGAAUCGUAUAGUCAUGAGCCACUUUCAACCAAAACAUUACAGGAAAUGUUUGUUGGAGCCACAUCAGUAGUUCAACAAGUUUGGAAACAUGGAAGUUAUCCAAUUCUCAAACCAAAUAAUAUUCAACCUCCUGUCAAACUCCACAAUAAUAUUUACUAUACGAAUAGUGUUGAAAGUGUUGUCAGUACUAUGGAAACUAACCUAAUCUCAGCAAAGAAUGUAUCCCUCCUCAUUGCAAAGAAUAUGGUUUCUCAAAAGUAA